AUGUUAGAUACAUUAUUAUUUGCAAUUUUUAUUUGGUCAUUAAUAUUUUUAAAAUUUAUUUUCCGUUCCACCCCACAAGAAACCCACAACCACACCCACACCAACAGCCAAACCCACACCAACAACCACACAACUAAUCAAGCCACAUAUUCAAGCCCACAACAAACCCACAUCGAAAACCACCAAAUUAACCAAGCCACACCAAUUGAUCAAUCACCAACUGAAAAAAAUAUGAAUAAAGGAUCCCCAUUCAUUUAUUCAUCCUCCCUCAAAAAAACCCAUUGUUGUUCCCAAUCAGAAGACUUUUUCCCAUCACCAGAAGAUAUGUAUGGUCGUUCCUCAUUAGCUCAAGAGAUGUUAUCAAACUACCCUCUUGAAAGACUCAGCCCCCCAAAGGAACCAUCAAAACCACAAGAUCCAUUUCCAUACAUACCAAUAGAUCAUUCCAAAGGCCUCAAUCCAGACCUCCGUCUUUGUGAUGUAAGAAGACCAAUGCCUUGGGAAAUAGAAUGGGAAAAAGAACGUAUGGAAAAAAAAAUAAAGGAACAACAAGAAAAAGAACAAAUGGAACAACUAGAAAAAGAGCGUAUUGAAACUUUACAAAGAGAGAAACUAGAAAGAGAACGUAUAGAGGCUCAAGAAAGAAUAAGACUCGAAAGAGAACAAGAGGAAAGAGAACAAAAGGAAAGAGAACAAAAAGAAAAAGAAGAAAGAGAAAAAAAACAAAGAGAAGAUAGAGAGCGUAUCCAAUAUCUAACAAGAAGAAGAUUAGAAAGAGCUCAACAACAAAGAGAAGAAUGGAUACGUAGAGAAAGAGAAAGAAUAGAAAGAGAACAAAGAGAAAGGGAAGAACAAGAAAGACAACAACAAAUAGAACAACAACAAAGAGAACAAAGAGAAAGGGAAGAACAAGAAAGACAACAAAGAGAGCAAGAACAAAGAGAGCAAGAACAAAGAGAGCAAGAACAAAGAGAACAAGAAGAAAGAGAACGUAGAGAAAAUGAAUAUGAUUGCAUAAUUUGUAUGGAUAAAAUAGAAGCCAUUAAUCUUGCUACUAUUGAUUGUAGUCAUAAUUUCUGCUACGGUUGUAUUUUGGAAUGGUCUUAUCAAGAUAACACCUGUCCAUUUUGUAGAGAACGAUUUUAUUUAAUAAGAAGAGUUAACCAAGUCGAUGGUGAAGAUGAAAAUCAAGAUAAUAAUCAAAAUAAUAAUCAAAAUCAAAAUAAUAAUAACGGUCCACCAGUUUUAAAUAACGAUGAUGAUUUAAAUUCCAACGAUUCCAAUAAUGAGAUGGAAUAUUUUGACCGUAUGAAUAUCGAUUAG